GUCGAGCGGUGAGCAGGCUGGCUAUCCAAGCUAUCAAAGUGGGAAUAAUAGUUAACAUACUAACUAGUAAUAUUAUUGCCAAAUGCAAUUAACUGAUUUGCAAAAGCAAAUUUAAAUUUCACCAGUGAAACGAAAGCAAAGCUAAUUAAAUCGAAAUCAAAUACGAUCAAUGGAUUAAAGAAGGCUCUGGCCCAAGUUUAGAUAGUGUUUUUGUGAAUAGUGAUUGUGUACCGAGGAUAAAGAUCUAAGAGAUGGAGCACGACAGCUUCGAUGAUCCCAUUUUCGGGGAGUUUGGCGGCGGUCCACUGAAUCCGUUGGGUGCCAAACCACUAAUGCCCACUUCAACGGCCAUGCAUCCCGUGAUGCUGGGCAGUGUCCACGAACUGUGCAGCCAGCAGCAACAGCAAAGACUGCCCGAUUGCAACACCAUCCUGCCGAACGGAGGUGGAGGAUCAGGAGCCGGAGGAUCACCCAACUAUGUGACCAAGCUGGAUUUUGUGAACAAGAUUGGGUGCUAUUCGCCCAGUCAAAAGUACGAGUACAUUAGUGCCCCCCAAAAGCUGGUGGAGCAGCAGCAGCACCACCAACAUCAUCAGCACUACACGGCCACGCCACCGCCCAGCCACAAUGGCAUCCUGCUGCACAAGCACUCAAGCACCCAGCAACAACAACAACAGCUGGUGGGGAUCCUGGACUACCAUCCACUUAAUGGCAAACUGGACUACUCCUCGUCGCCCAAGGAUCAGUAUGAACCACAGCAACAGCAAUUGCAGCAUCUGUACGGCGGUAGUCCGCACCAUUUGGAUCAUCUAGAUCAUGGCAGCGAUGGCCUGCUCCAGGACUCCUCGCCCAUCAUGAUCAACGGAGGAUCCACGGCGGGCAAGCUCAAGAAACCCGAUGAGAUGUGCUCACAAAUGGAGGCGGGUGGAUCAGGAGUCACGCCACCAACUAGUUCCUCGGCGGUGGUCAAUGGGGUGGCAGUAACGACCAAUGGCACCACCAACUCCUCCUCUUCCUCAGCCAGCGGUCAGGGGGCGGCGGUCACAGUGGGAGGCGUGGUUGCCCCUGCUCCGAAAAAGGACAGCAACAGCAGUAAGAAGAAGGGCGAUCCCAAUGGCAUCAAAAAGAAGAAAACGAGAACAACGUUUACGGCUUACCAGUUGGAAGAGUUGGAGCGCGCCUUUGAACGUGCCCCGUAUCCGGACGUUUUCGCCCGUGAGGAGCUGGCCAUCAAGCUGAAUCUGAGCGAGUCCCGGGUGCAGGUGUGGUUCCAGAACCGACGGGCCAAGUGGCGCAAGCACGAGCCGCCCCGCAAGACGGGUUACAUCAAGACGAGCACGCCGCCGACGGCUACGCUUAAUCCCGGAACUCUAGCCCCGCCGUUCACCAGUUAUCCGCAGACGACGACAGUUACGCCGCCGGGCAGCAUGGACAGCUGGACCAGCUACCAGACGCCCUACGAGCUGACGCCUCAGUUCAGCCUGCUCUCGCCGGCGGCCAGUCCGUAUGGCACCUAUUCCGGCCAAUACGGAGCCUAUGUCCACGAAAGUCAGCUGUUCCCGAUGCGGCACUACGAAUACGGCAGUCCGACGCGCAUGGAAAUGGGAGCCACUGCCGGUUCGGUGACCGGAAACGGAGAGGAGGCGGUGGCGGUGGCCAAUGGCGGAAGCUAUCAGCCGGCGGACCUGCAGACCGCCCAGCAGCAGCAGCAGCUGCCCGACGGCACCCUGGUCACCGUACAUGCCCACCAGCAGCAGCAGCAACAACAGCAGCAGGCACAGCAGCAACAGCAGCUCAACGGCAAGUACCUGAGUGCCGAGGAGGCCAAGUAUGUGCAUCUCCAGUGCCAUCAAAGUGGAGCCGGCUUGGAGCUGAGUCCCGGAGCCAGCUGUCAUUUGGUGGAGGCACAAGGGCAGCACUACGUCACCACUGCGGUGGGAGGAGCAGCAUCCGGAGGCGGGACCAGUAGCGAUGACAACGACAGCGGCAGUAUGCAGACUGUGAUCAAAAGCGAGGAGGCCGCCCAGCAACAGCAGCAGGCACAGAGCUACGUCCUGCCGCCUUUUUUGCACUAAGGGAAAUGCUCACACACCGGCGACAGCAACAUCAUCGGCGCCGCUGGGCCACGCCCCCAAGCAUGCCGAGCACUAGAUUCCGGCGGCCAUAUUAAAAGGGGCGUGGAGUGUGCAGCAUUUCAAACUGUGUUUCCCCCGACUGAAAGUGGGUCUUCAGAAAUUUAAAAUCUCAAAAUUAGUAGAAUUUACACCACAUCAGCAGUUUACUUAAGUGAAAAAUGUAUAAGGAUAAAAUCUCCAAAAAUGAUCAUGGGAACUUCAAACCUAACUGCUUUCCAAAUUACUUCAGUGUAGGAAAAAAUAGGCAGUGAUUGAGAAAAUAUAAUUGAUUUUAGUUAACUUUUCGCAAAACAAUAGCAGAGAUAUACAUAAAAUUCCAAACUACAAUGCCUCUCGGAGUUUUUCUGGACAGUCCCACUCAGUCCCUGGCCACUAUUUCAUAUACAUAUUGCCAUAGGUUCCUUUUAAGUUUAAGUACGCAAGUUGCAAAAACAACAGAAUCAACAAGUCUUGCCAAAACUUAACACGGUUUUUGUUCGGUCUAAGUUUAGGUUUAAAAAGGGUCAGGGGCUCAUGAAACGAGAUCCCCGCCCCCAGAAUGCAU